AAGGGAGCCGAUGCUGAAGGGGAUAGAGGUUUGCCGAAGCGUUCCGAAGUCGACCGAAAGUCUGCUCCCACCAACGCCGCGGAUCGCUCGGAUCUCGGCGUUCCUGUUUCCUUCGGUCGCGUUCACGUCAGUGCGUUCUCGGCCGACGUUAGGGGUGGCUCGUGACUCGAUCUGCCGUCCCGCACGUGUAUCGUUCGCAAUACACCGCGUCGUCGCGUCUCCUUACCGUCGUCGCGUUUCACGUGCGUAACAUUUAGAUAGCGGAGGCGUGCGCGCCGGGAGUAAAUAUCUCGAGAUACGCCGUCGUGCGUUCGGUCAGUGUAUCUGUGCGUGGUCUAUAGAGAACGAGAACGCGGACGUGGAAUAGAAGGCGCGCGUUGUGUGAUCCCGCUGCCGUGUGCAAGCAUUCGACUCUGCUCCGCCGUGACACACGUUACCCGUGCGUAUAUACACGUUUGCGUAGCUGAUUUAGUGGCUAGGCUGUGUGCAUAUAGUGUGUACACACGACCGAGGAGCGGACCGAGUUUAGCCGUGUCUAGUUAGCAGUCGGUCGAGAGGAGAAAAAUACCGAGGAUAGCAGAGACACGAAAAAGAGUGGAGACCAGCCCGGAAGGAGAAGCGUACGCAGCUAGAAGAACCAGAGAGUGGUGUUCAUCCGAUUUAGGUGUAAUCGGGCGGCUCUAUUUCGUUUUCGUUUGCCGUUCACUCCGCUGAUAAUGGAUUAAUUCUCGCCGGGGAGUUUUCACCCCGGCGCGGCGGAGCGGCUGAUCAUAGUCCGGAACAGCGAGGAGCGGUACACACGGCCCAUAGCGGCAGCACUCAGCGAUAAAUCAAGGCCGGAGUGAUGCGAUCCACGCAGGAGUAAGCUAGACGAAAUACAAAAAUGGGUCUCGUUCGACGGCCAAAGCUGCUCCCAAGCCGAACGAUGGCAUCCCUCUUGGCAUUGCUGUUACUCGCAGUGUUACCAAACGCUCGAUUAGAGUCUGCGAUUAAUCCGGUGGGCAACGGAGGUUCAGUGUCAGGCGGUUCCUCGUCGUCCUCUUCAUCGUCUUCCUCAUCAUCCAUGGUGGGUGUCGUUCCUGGGAACGGAUCCCCUUCGGGAGGCAUGGCCGGGUCCGGUAACAGCGUCGUCGGGGGUGGAAACAGCGGCGUUGGACACUCGUCCCUAGGCGGUGGAACACCAAAUGGAAACGGGAGAUGCGAGGAGAUCACGAUCCCCAUGUGUCGUGGCAUCGGAUACAAUCUGACGGCGAUGCCGAACGAGUUGAACCACGAUAAUCAAGAAGAAGCUGGUCUCGAGGUGCACCAGUUCUGGCCGUUGGUAGAGAUCAAGUGCUCGCCCGAUUUGAAGUUCUUCCUCUGCUCGAUGUAUACGCCUAUCUGCUUGCCGGAGUACACGAAACCGUUACCAGCGUGUAGGAGCGUCUGCGAGAGGGCGCGAGCCGGUUGCGCGCCUCUGAUGCAGCAGUACGGAUUCUCCUGGCCGGAACGGAUGGCCUGCGAGCGACUACCGGCUCACGGCGACCCGGAGAACCUGUGCAUGGAGCAGGACAACCAUACCAGUAGCACGGGUUACGGUUCCGGUAACGGAGGGGCCGCGAGCAGCGCGCCGUUGCCACCGGCGGCACCGCCGCGUCCGACGAGGCCGUCGAAGACGACGCAGCCACCGCGGUGUAAGCCAGGCAAGAACCAAAAAAACUGCCAGCAUCCCCCGGGGGAAAGGGCGAGGGAUUGCGCGUGCCGUUGCAGGCCACCCCUCGUACCCCUGGGGGCGGGGGGCACGGUAAUCCCGAUGCCGAUAAGCGGCAGCACCGGCAGCAUCGGCAACGGGGCUGGCCUGGCAGGCAUGGCCGUAAGUGGAGUCAUACCGGCGCCGCCGAUAAGCAUCGCCAGGAACAUAAUUCAGGACAUUGCCGGAGUACCGAACUGCGCGCUACCGUGCCACGGGGCGUUUCUCACCCAAGAAGAGCGCGGGUUCGCGGCCGUAUGGCUGGCGUUGUGGAGCGGCCUGUGCGCCGCAAGCACGCUCGUGACCGUCACCACGUUUCUGAUCGACACCCAGCGCUUCAAGUAUCCUGAGAGACCGAUAGUCUUCCUCUCGGCCUGUUACUUCGUCGUCUCGAUCGGGUACCUGUCGAGAAGCAUGUUCGGCCACGAGGAGAUCGCCUGCGACGGCCCGGCGUUGAAAUCGGGAGCGCAGGGACCGGGGGCCUGCGUGACGGUCUUCCUAAUGAUCUACUUCUUCGGGAUGGCGUCCUCGGUCUGGUGGGUGAUCCUCGCGUUCACGUGGUUCCUCGCGGCGGGAUUGAAAUGGGGCAACGAGGCGAUAGCCUCGUACUCUCAGUACUUCCAUCUGGCAGCUUGGCUGGCCCCCACGGUGCAGACGGUGUCCGCGUAUAUGGCCGGGGGAGUGGCGGGCGAUCCAGUGGCUGGAGUCUGUACGGUGGCUCCGGACGGGAUAAGAUCGUUCAUCCUGGUACCGCUGUUCGUGUACCUUCUAUUGGGAACGAGCUUCUUACUCGCGGGAUUCGUCAGCCUGUUCCGAAUUCGAUCGGUGAUCAAGAGACAGCCGGGAGCGAAGGCGGACAAACUGGAGAAACUGAUGAUACGCAUCGGCGUGUUCAGCGUUCUGUACACGUUACCGGCGGGCGUCGUGCUGGCGUGUCACAUGUACGAGACGGCGUUGAGAAACGAGUGGCUCACUUCGCUGGCCUGUCCGUGCCAGCCGAGGGCGAGGCCUCUCUACUCCGUCCUGAUGCUCAAGUACUUCAUGGCGCUCGCGGUAGGCAUCACGUCAGGCGUGUGGAUAUGGAGCGGCAAAACCGUCGAUUCGUGGAAACGUCUGUGGAGGCGCUUGUUCGGCGGCGGGAGCGGCGGAGGCGGUCACGGAGGCGGCGGCGCCGGUAUGGUAGCCGGCGUGACAGGCGUCAGCGGCGGCAUCGGCAGCACCAGCAUCAAGGGCGUCGUAGGUCGUGUCGGAGUUCCAUAUCCGCCGGCGCCGGGACCCGGGAGCGCGUUGCUUCCGCCCGGGAGCGUGGCCAGCGCUUCUCAACACCAUCUCCACCAUCACGUCCUCAAACAACCUCCGCUCUCGCACGUAUGACGUCACCAGUCGGCGGGGGGCGACAUGAACACCGCUGGCUGCGAUCAGCAGCAGCAACAGCAGCAGUCGGUCCAACAGGAGAGGCCUUCCGCCCUUAGCAACUACGGGCCCAUUUAGCCCUUCGCCUCGGCCUCGCGCAGGCAUCUGCCGCACACGGCGCCUAACACGGCGCCGCAUACGCCGCACUCGGCUGCGACCAUAUAUUCGAGGAGGUCGUUGGCGUCGACGACGGGCCCGCUCACGCCAGCCCACGGCCUCGCGCCCUCGUACACCCAGGCCACCGAAGUCUGAAUCGAUCCCCAUUAGCGAGCCAGCGGCCGGGGGACGUUUCACGAAUUUCACGUGUCGGGGGCGUGCGGGUUUCUUCGAUGCGUGAUCUAUGGCGUGUGGCUCUUUCGAAGACGCAUCGAACUGCGUCGACGAUGACUCGCGAUGACGGUGCUUCUCGAUUACCGGAUAUACGUAUUAGCCCGUACGUGUCUUUGCCGAUCGAUCUCGAGUCAUCUUAUCUUCGUGUCGUUCUUGCCUGGUAUCGCGCGCGGUAUAAAUAAGUCAGUGGUUCUUAAUUCUUUCAAAAUCAUGGAACGCUUACAAUUUCAAGGGCUCUUUCAGAAAUAUUUUUUAACAAUGAUUUUUUUAACGUUUUAAUUUUUCACCGAUUCUCAAAUUUCGCGCGUUCCCGGAACACCGGUUAAGAACCACUGAACGAGAUAUUAUACUGAUGUUUCGUUUACCGUUUCGAUAAAUUUUAGAUGUCUAUUAAAACGUGAAACCGGUAUCGCGCGAUUUAAGCGAAAUCCGCGGAACGCACACAAACACGUACGUACUAUCAGUGGCGACACCAGGCGGCGACAAUUCCGAUGGGUCGCUCGAGAUCGGCCGGCUUUAGUGAGAUUGCGAUGUCGGCGCGCGUGAGUGGAAUGUAGUGUCUCGUGUAAAUGAAUCGUGCGAAUGGUACCGCGUGACAGGGACUCACUCUUUUUAUCCGUAUCUAUCUGUAACACUUUUCUUACUUAUAUAUACCGUAGCGGAGUUCGUACAGUCCGCAUGUCCGUCUAACGUGUAUCGUCUCGUCUAUUUAUCUAACCUAGCCGUAAAGCUGAAGAAGUGUAUUAGGUGUGAAACACAGACGUGAUUAGGAUAUGUCGUUGCUUAAAGGUUACGGCGGUGGCCGGGCAUUCCAAAACGCGUCUUUCUAGUUUCGUACAUUUCUUUUUUGUUCACUUGCCUAGUCGGAGAGGGCACGCGGUCUCGAAACACGUGUUGUUACUCGCGUGGGCAGGAAGUGUAAUCGGCGGAGAUCGCGCGGCAAUGAAAGUACCACGGACGAAUACAGGCUCACCGCCGUCGAUCGUAUGAAGUGCGACCAGCAAGUGUAUAGCAGACGUAUAGAGGAGGGAAGCUGGAGAACGAAAGGUAAUUGUAAAUAUCAAACUUAGACGUUAGGUCAAAGACACGCUGUAAAUAUAAAGAGGGUAAAAAUCAGAUGAAAAAAAAGAACGGUUUAUCGGUCGCGAAAUAAACGUUGUACAGAAACGCGUGAUUCGCAACGAUAAUCUCGCGUUCCUUUCGUCUCGUGUCUUUCGAAGAAAAUUUUUCUUCGCGUUAUUCUUGAAUAAAAAAGAACACUUGGUGCAAUGAAUAAUGUUUACGACAAUGGGGGGACGUUGGAAAACAAAUAAAACGAUGCUUCGAAGGAGCCGCUAGUCUUGCCACGGGGAAAGGAACGCGUGAAUCGUAAAUGCGUUUGCGAGUAAGAAUACGAAAGGAUGAGCGUGUUUGCGCUCGCUUAUUAUUUCGCACCUUUUUCACCGCCGAACGAAGCCCCUCCCCUUAAACUUUUACCGGUUUAUAUAUAGUACCACGUAUGUUAUAACUGGCGAAAAAUACGGAGGUAACAAGUGACACUUGCUCUUUCCUCUACCUUGCACGGCUUCUUGUCUAGGGACAAUUCAAGCCGUGCUUUCGAUACGCACACUCGCAGUACCAAACCCCCAAACCAUCCCCCACCCACUCCCGAUACACGUACCGAUCGUACAUACUCGCACAUCGUAGAAAAUACACUUCUGUGUACCCUCCCCCCUGAGAAUAAACCGUAUACAGGUAAAUGGAAAGGAGGAAGGUCCGAACAAUUCGUGUGUUUCUUUAAUGUCCGCGCAAUAGAGAAAAAAGUAGCUGUUGAAAGACAAGAAUGCGAAAUCGAGUAACACGCAUAAACCGUUAAGUACGUAAAUAUAUAUAAAUAUUAAAGAUACAUUAUAAAUAUAUAAAUAAAUAUAUAUAUGUUCGCGGAGGCUUGUCGACGCUUCUGCGACACUAUGUCGAUAUUUCAGAAUUUUUGUAAUCGCUGGAAGAGAGUGGGGAGGUCGAAGCAGGAGAAACGGUAUGUACGAUUCCCGGCGACGCGUUUCUUAUCCCGUGCUCUGUUUCACGAGGCGUCCGAAAAAGGGUUGCAUCGCGUGCGUACAAAUUCCACCGACGUUGUUUGGACGAACGGCAAACGAGAGAGAAGGCGAGAAAGAGAAAGAAGAAAGACACACUCCUGGUUAUGCAGUUCUAUCUCGCGGUCAGCGUUGGCGUUUUUCCUCUUUCUGUUUUUUUUUUUUUUUUUUUUUUUUUUUUUUUUUAAAGCGAAGAAGCGUUCGUUGGAACUUCGUCGGCUCACGCGAUCGGCCCGCGGUAUGUCUUACGAUCGGAGCAGGUGGGUGCGCGUGUGUGCACGCGGUGAAAAACGCGGACAAAAAAAUCGGGGAUACAAAAAAAAACAGAUGGACUGAUAAGAGAAAAAACGAUAUCUGCCUCAAGCAACUUAAAAAACAAAGUAAAGAAAAACAGGACACCCGUGUCGCAUCCCGGAACGGGAACCACUGCCAAACGAAAAAACGUACACGUGUAAUGUUGUAAAGUAGUGAGAGUUAAAGAACCUUUAGUGUCACAUAUCACGCCAAGCCGUUACGAGCGAAAACGGACAAUGUCGCGUUCGUGGACGAGCAGUGAAAAAAGCAGAAAAAGUGUAAGUGAAUGAAAGAGAGGGACGGAAUGAGAUGGUCGCGGGUGAAGAAAAAAAGGGAGAGGAGGAAAGACAUAGGGAAGUAAGAGGCGAAACAGAGCGCGAUGCGACUCCGGUACCGCAACGACGUCGGUAGGAAUGGAUUGAUGCGAAAGAAACGAACGCGACGCUUUUAAAGAAACGAGAGGGAGGAGUUUAUAACGAGUAUUUGUAAGCCACUUUUUGUCACGAUGAUUGUCAAUAAAAUUGAAAAUACUGUGUGUAACGGGUGUGUCCAGGAAUUCCCUUCAAGUCGGCCAAUUAGCUGUGUUCUCUUUUUGAUUUUUUCUGAUAGAAAAAAAUGUUUGAUAUCCGAUAGAACAAGUAUGUGCAUAUUUUGCAGAAUCUCGAUAGUAGUCUCCCUCUAUUCUUCUUUCGUGCGUUCUCCUCGUUCGGCUUUUGUGUUUUUUCCUCCCGAAAGUGCUAUGGAUUCCUACUCUGUACUUGGUCCGAAUUUUACGCUCGACCGCCGUCUUUGUACAAGUUCUUUACGUUGCCAUAGUAGUUAAAAGAGUAACCGACGACCGACCACCAUAUCGUUAUAAUAUACAUAUACUGAAAUCAAAAUUGUAUACGAUUUUUAAUAUACUUUAUUAUUAUUUAA